AUGGGAUUUCUACAAGAUGAUCGAGAAUUUAUCGAGGCAAUUAAAGAGGCACAUCUAUGGGGUUCGGGUCUAUUUUUACGCAAGUUAUUUGUGACGAUGUUGUUAUCUUCAUCCAUGAAUAGACCCGAACAUGUCUGGAGGAAGACUUGGAUGUUUUUAUCGGAUGGCAUUCUUUAUGAUCAACGGUUAUUGGCAAGAGACCCAGGUCUUACAAUGAGCGAUGCCGAGCUAAAAGACCGGACUCUAAUGGCAAUUGAAACACUCUUACAAAAUAAUAAUCGAAGCCUGAAAGAUUUCAAGACAAUGCCAUAUCCAAAAGAUUAUGUCGUCUCCUUUACAGGAAAUAGGCUACUCUAUGAUGAACGCCAAUAUGAUGUUGUUGCUCAACAACAGAUUUAUGAAAAUUUGUACUCUUCUCUUACAGAUAGGCAAAGAAGCAUUUUUGAGGAAAUCAUGAAUGCUGUAGAAAAGCAACAGGGCGGGGUAUUUUUUUUAUAUGGAUACGGUGGGACUGGUGGAAAAACAGCUCAUUCUAGAUUUAAGAUUCCUGUCCCUACCUUAGAAACUUCAAUUUGCAACAUUGAAAAAAAGGAUGAUCUUGCUGAGCUUCUCAAGAUGACAGAUCUAAUCAUAUGGAAUGAGGCUCCUAUGGCUAACAAGUUUUGCUUUGAAUCUCUGGACAAAUCCUUAAAGGAUAUUAUGAGUGGACCCACGAAGCCAUCUGAAACAGUGUUUGGAGGUAAGGUUGUUGUCUUUGGUGGUGACUUCAGACAAAUUCUCCCUGUUAUACCAAGAGGUACAAGAUCUGAUAUUAUCCAUGCCACAAUCAAUGCUUCUUAUAUUUGGGAUCAUUGUAGAGUAUUGAGGCUUACAAAGAACAUGCGCUUGCAAACAGGUCCACCUGAUUCUACAGUUGAUGACAUAAGGAGCUUUUCUGAGUGGAUUUUAAAUAUUGGAGAUGGGACCAUGUGUGAGCCAAAUGAUGGUUAUGCUGAUAUUUGUAUUUCAGAUGAGUUCUUAAUUUCUAACUUUUCUGAUCCAAUUAAGGCAAUUGUUGAAGAUACAUACCCUGAUCUCAUUCAUAAUUAUCUUGAUUCCAACUAUCUACAAAGUCGUGCGAUAUUGGCUUCAACAAUUGAAGUUGUUGACGAUAUAAAUCAAUAUAUCACAAACCUUCUUCCAGGAGAAGAGAAAGAAUACUUUAGUAGUGAUUCUAUUGAUAAAUCUGAUGCAACCACCUUUGAUGCGUAUGAGCACGUGACACCCGAGUUCCUAAAUGCUCUUAAAACUUCGGGAUUGCCUAACCAUUCAAUCAAGUUGAAAGUUGGGGCCACUAUCAUGUUGAUGCGCAACCUAGAUCAGUCUGAAGGAUUGUGCAAUGGUACAAGGCUUACUGUAACCAGGCUUGCUGCUCAUGUCAUAGAAGCUAAGAUCAUUUAUGGAAAAAAUAUUAGUAACCUCUUUUAUAUUCCUAGAAUGUCUUUGUCCCCAUCACAGUCCCCAUGGCCAUUUAAAUUGGUGAGACGCCAAUUUCCAAUUAUUGUUUCCUUUGCCAUGACUAUUAACAAGUCUCAAGGUCAAUCACUUGACAAUGUUGGAUUAUAUUUGCCAAAAGAGGUUUUUAGCCAUGGGCAAUUAUAUGUGGCUAUUUCAAGAGUCAAAUCCAAAAAGGGAUUAAGGAUUCUUAUUCAUGACAAAGACAAGGAACCUGUGAUCUCUACCACCAAUGUUGUAUUCAAGGAAGUCUUCCAUAACAUUUGA